GUUACGUCACUGGCAAUGUAUUAGUCAAUCGAUGACAGCGUCUAGGGUUCACAAACAUUGAACAGCUGUGGUCUUUGUUCGUGGCUCGCCAGCGACUGGCGAUGGCGGCCAAGAGAGCGGCAGCGGGCAACACCACCAGUCAGUAGCACACCAGCCUCCGUACCGUGUCCACGCUAAAUAUUUCCGUGACAGUAACCUACUGAUCCAAUCGAAUUAGGAUAACUAUUAUCUGUGCAGUGUCUGUGAAUUUUUAGUUGUGCAUCGUUUGAGUUUCAGGGUAUAAUACCUUACAAUGGUAAUGCUGCGAUGACGCCCGAGCUGACGAUGGAGUCCAAGGGCACCCAGAUCCAUCUGCCGCUGGUUGGGCGCGGCAGCCGCGGCGAACUGGGCGACAAGGUGACCUUCAGCCAGGUCAAGAGCCCGCCGUUCACAGAGCAGCUGAAUAAUGGACAACUGCUGGGAGGUUCACAAAUCAACCUAUGUAAUGGAGGCGCUGGCACGGCCGCCAUGACGGGCCUCGUCCGCAAGAUCCCCAACGGUUACGACCAGAAGAAGCCAAUGGCGUCCCUCACACAUCUGCCCAAACGUCCCCCCGUUGACAUCGAGUUCUCUGACCUCUCCUACUCGGUCAGCGAGGGUCGGCAGCGGGGCUACAAGGCUCUGCUGAAGUGUAUUAAUGGGACCUUCAGGUCUGGAGAACUGACUGCGAUCAUGGGGCCUUCUGGUGCGGGAAAGAGCACGCUUAUGAAUAUUUUAGCGGGAUACAAAACUUCUAACGUCAGCGGAUCGGUGCUCAUCAAUGGCAAGGAGCGAAACCUGAGGCGGUUUAGGAAGCUGUCUUGCUAUAUUAUGCAGGACGACUGUCUUUUACCUCACCUGACAGUGAAAGAAGCCAUGCAUGUAUCAGCGAAUCUAAAGUUAGGGAAGGACAUGUCUGUGCAAGCAAAGAAAAUAGUGAUCAACGAGAUAAUAGAAACGUUAGGGCUAGUCGAUGCCAGUGAUACACGGACGAUUAAUCUAUCGGGCGGGCAACGCAAGCGUCUGUCCAUAGCUUUAGAGUUAGUAAACAAUCCCCCUGUGAUGUUCUUUGACGAGCCGACUUCUGGCUUGGAUAGCUCCUCGUGUUUCCAAUGCAUAUCGCUACUGAAGAGCUUGGCGCGGGGUGGACGGACGAUCAUCUGUACGAUCCACCAGCCGUCGGCGCGGCUGUUCGAGAUGUUCGACUUCCUCUACACGCUGGCGGAGGGCCAGUGCAUCUACCAGGGCAAGGUCAAGGACCUGGUACCGUUCCUGUCGAACAUGGGGCUCAACUGCCCGAGCUACCACAAUCCUGCUGACUACGUGAUGGAGGUGGCGACCGGAGAGCACGGCGACUGGGUGCACAAGCUGGUGAUGGCGGUGAACAAGGGCAACUGCGGGCGCCUGCAGCCCUCCGCCGCGCCGCAGAACUCCAACUACAACAACCAGGCCAAGAACAAUGUCAAGUCGCUGGAGGUGGUGAUGGACAAGCCAACCUGCACAGUAAUAGAUAUGUCAGGCCCAACUCCGAACCCAGAGAAGCAGAACGCCGUUCCGAAUUCCACCAACCUGGCCCCCGUGACGUGCACCACCUCCCUCCUGGACUCCAGCGAGAGCUUCACCAAGAAACCUAUCAAAACCGGCUUCCCGACUUCCGGCUUCAAGCAAUUCUGGAUCUUGUUGAAGAGGACCUUUAAAAGCAUUCUUAGAGAUCAAAUGCUGACGCAUUUAAGGCUAUGUUCGCAUACGGUUGUCGGGCUGCUGAUUGGGUUCUUGUAUUACGAUAUCGGGUCGGACGCGGCGAAGGUUAUGAGCAACGCUGGAUGUAUAUUCUUCACUGUUAUGUUCACGAUGUUCACGGCUAUGAUGCCUACAAUCCUUACAUUCCCGACGGAAAUGAGUGUGUUUGUGAGAGAGCAUUUAAAUUACUGGUACUCUUUAAAAGCCUUCUACUUCGCAAAAACGCUAGCGGACUUACCCUUCCAGAUAGUGUUUAGCGGCGUAUACGUAAUAAUAGUGUACUUCAUGACGGGACAGCCGAUGCAGACGGACCGGGUGCUGAUGUUCACGACCAUCAACAUCCUCACGGCGCUGGUGGCGCAGUCGCUGGGGCUGCUCAUCGGCGCCGCCAUGAAGAUCGAGACCGGCGUCUACCUGGGGCCCGUCACCACCAUCCCCGUCGUCUUGUUCUCAGGGUUCUUCGUGAACUUCAAAGCCAUCCCAAGCUACCUGCAGUGGAUCACAUACUUGAGCUACGUCCGAUACGGCUUCGAAGGCGCCAUGCUCUCCGUGUACGGCUUCGGGCGGGAGAAGCUCCACUGCUCGGAGGUGUACUGCCACUUCAGGAAGCCAGACACCUUCCUCAAGGAGAUGACCAUGGACAAGGCCAACUUCUGGAUAGACGUAGGAGCGCUUGUCGCGUUUUUCGUAUUCAUCAGACUCGUGUCGUACUUAGUGCUAAGGUUCAAACUGAAGAUGAUGCAGUAGGCACAAAUUUAGGAUUUAUUAAGGUACGAUCACUUUUCCAUUAACAGAUUUUGGAAUCACAAAAUGUACAUUUUCACUAGGUUACGCUGUAUUUAGACGCUUGGUCCAUUAUGGGCAACCUGCAAAUGUACUGGUCGAUUAAAGCUGACGUGAACUGAUCGUGAGGUGAAAGAAAAUAUCUGAUGUGACAGGAUUAGUAAAUGUUGCUUGAUCGUGGUUGAACGAGCAUAUAAUGGAAGCCUUAAACGUAACGUUUGAAUGAAUCAUGUAGUUUUUUGGUUACGAGCGAAUUGCGGCCUAUUUGACUUAAUCCAAUCAUAAUGUACAACUCGAUAUGAGGACCGUUCCCCUUCUCAAAUUAUGAAACUUAAUAAUAUUAAUAAGUUGACAUCAAUCGUAUCGAAAUAGGAAAACGUUAUAACUAGAAUGUGUUUAAUGAUAGGUUUAGCAUAGUUAUCUAGUUGUCGACUCAGCCUUUAAAAGUAAUAUUAAGGCACGCAUGUUCCAAUAGUUUUAAGUAUGCGGAACUACCAUGAGUUUGUAUGAAACAUCUAAAAUAAUUGAAAAUAGGGUGGAAACUGUAUUUUAUAUAUUCUGCUCAAGUCGUCAUUCAUUGCAUAGUCUCGCUCAAGCAGUUUAAAUACUAAAAUAUUUGGCUUUGUUUAUUUUGAUGUGAUUUUCAUGUUAUUGAGCCGUAAUUAACAAUUAUUCUAGAUCGCGGGUUAUCGAUGAGAAUGUGUAUUGAGAUUUGAUUAUAACUGGCGUCAUACAGCUCAUGGUAAGUUUUCAGAUCGACUGUAGUUAGUUAGGUACAGUUAGGAGAAAAGUAAUGUUUCCGUCAACGUUUUACGAUCGGUCACUAGAAGUAAGUAAUCAGUAACUCAUUUUUAUCAAUUUUGCUAUCGGCAUCUAAGAAAGAUACUAACUUUAUGAAAAUAAAGUUCCUCAACUUGCUUCUUCAGAAUCCAGUCAUCAACUAAUUACAAAUUUAUUUUUAUUAGAAAUCUGAAACCACCUGUGUGCUUUUUUUGAAGUUUAACGGACAUUAAUAAAUACUUUAAUACACAGAAAACACCCAUGACUUAGGAACAAAUAACGUGCUCAUCACAAAAAUAAAUGCCCUUGCCGGGAUUUGUACACAGGACCAUUAGCUGCACUACUGACUAAGCCGGAUUGGUCGUUAAAAAUAAUAUUAGGAAUGCUGGGAUUCUUCAGAAAUCAACGAAUACAUACAGACAGAGAGGUUCACACAGACAAGCAGGCGUACAUGUACUUAUAUAUCUAAUAUAGUUUUUUUUUAUUACAGACUGACCAGAUUCUAGUUUGAUGUGCUGGAAAUUGAUGAUAUUAACUCAGCUAACUGGUUCAGAUUUUUUAUUUAUACAGUAACAGUUAUUCUUAUUAAUAUGUGAUUGUUAGUGACCGGGCGUAAAGCAUUUUUUGAUAUUCGGCUGCAGCCGCCGGCUUGGCUUAGGUUAGGUUAGGAAUUUAGGAUAACGUUCGGUAGAUCGAAAUAUUUAGCUUAAACUUAGUUUGUUAUCUAGGGGUUAAGUAAGAUUUUUUAGACCAUUGGGCCCAUGACUUAAACCUAAGUUCACAACGCAAUCUUGCACCAAAGUUUUGCAAAUUAUACGUAUGUAGAAAUUGAUCUUAUAACCACACAUUUUGUUGACUUUAACUCAAUCAUUGUGACCUUUGCACCGUUCCUUUUUAAAUAUCUAAAAUCAUCUUCUAUUGUUAAUCCUGGUUCCGGGUCAGUCCGUUUGAUUUACAACGAUUAGGCUGGAGGAUGAAUGAUAAUAAUUUUGUCAUAUUAUUAUUUAUAUUUUAGUUCAAUUACCUACUUCAUUAUUAUGACUGUUUAUAUUUACUUUUUUACCCUAAUGAACCGGACGAAAAUAUUUUUGUGACGCGAAUUUAAAAGGUACUUAUUAAGGUACAUCGUUCAUCUGAUGAUCUCAAGUGAUUUCAACUUUAUGCUAGUUCGCUUCAAGUUGGUCGUUACCUCCCCGCGCCACGCCUCAGCCCCGGCCCCUUAGUACUGUGACGUCAUUUCAUUAUGCAACGGCCAACUCGAAAUGAACGGGUAGUAAACAUUUUUAGUUUAUCUGAUUCUGUAUUCAUAAAUGCGUUUAUAAAACUCAUCAAAGACAACAACCAAUAUAAAUAAAAGUUAUAUUAAUAAGCUAUAUAUUUAUUUGGGUUGUAUUGAAUGUAUGUAAACAAGUUAGUCUUUACACUCCAGGUUAAAUUUGCCCUAGCCUAACCCGAUGGCCACAAAAAAAAAACGUUUCAAACGAAGCUUUAGGAGUAUUGGACGCCAUAUUAUCUGCUAUUAAUAUGUUAUAUUCGAGACCGAUGCAUAGGGCGAAUAAUUGAGCUGUAAGUGUAACGUCAAACUCACGCGUUUAAUAAUACGUUUUUCAACAUACUAGGAGAGGUUCUUUGAUAUUAUUAAAUGUAAAAAAUAUACGUGUAAUAUAAGUUGAGUUUAAAAUGCAAAGAUGUAACCAGGGGCCCAUUACGCGAACGGUAUUAGAUUAAUAUUAUUAGUACGCGAACUGCGAAUUACCUAUUCGCACGUGUAUCAAACAAUAACGUUUUACAGUACAUAUGGCUCUUUAAAGUUUCGACAUAUGCACGGAAAGUGUAAAGAAUAUUUACAGUACAUAUGGUGCUACUUUCACGCACGAAUUGUGAAAUUGGCAAUUCGAUACUUUCGUAAUUGCCAAUUUAUUGCCACUCGUUGCGCAUUUCCUAUUUUCUGCACUUGUAUGGUAAAUAACUAUAGUCUAAUACCAUUCGAGAAAUGGGCCCCAGAUUGGGCGAAUAAGCUGCUAGGUGCUCGCGCGCCAUUGAUCGCUUACCGAUCGCGCGCUUCAUACGUAAAAUGUAAAAUGCAUGCGGGCAGUUAGCGUGGCUUCGCAUGGUUCGCGAAUGGCGCGCUAGCAUGCGCCAGAUCUGAACGAACCCGAUGGUGCAUUACCUAAGAGCUUUUUGAUGACGUGUACUGAGAAAUUGUUCGAUACCGCGAAGUUGUUUUGAGGGAGCCUUUUGAUACCUAAUAGUUUAAUUUAACACACGAUAGGCUACUACUACGUACUCAUUGAUAUGUCCGCUAUCAAAGUGGCCACGUUAACAAGUGCCAUUAUAGUGGUCGUUCGAAUACUAAAGCGACGUAAUGAUACGUAAGUUCUUGUUAGUUUGGCCGUUUUGGUGAUAUACUAGAUUAAAAUAGAUUUAAAGUACCUUUCCACAACGCUAACGGUUUUGGUAAAUCUCUAUGUCUAUCCUUAUAACCAGUAUUUAUUAAUUAUUAAACGACUGUGAUUUUUAUUAUA